AUAAUUUCCAGAGAGAUUCUCGAUCACGGAAUUCCUUCACAAGUCGCGAAACGCGCGUGUUAUACGUUCUGAUAUAUUUCGACUGUUGAAAAGUGUUAAUUUGUAAUCUAUAUGUGGUUUAGUUCCUGAAAAGUGUGUGUUAUAAAUUCUCUACACGAAAAACAACACCAUGCCCAUUGGUAAUUUAAAUAGCACAGCUCCAAAGCGACCACCAUGGGUGAAGAGCAAGGAAUCCGAGGCACCACCCCCAUGGACGCAGAAGAAGUUGAAACCGGUUGAAACCAGUACAAAAUCAGUUGCAGUCUCUGAUGCCGAGCCAGCCAAACCUUCAAAGCCUCUUUUAAAGAAACAAGCCACAAUAAGAGAAAAGACUGAAAACGGGACGUCGGAAGCAGUUGAAGAAAAGUUAGUAAAACCAUCAUUCGCAAAGCAAGCUGAUAAAGCGGCUAGACCACCGGACGAAAAACCUAGAUUUACUAAAUCGUCACUUAAAACAGUUGAAAAGCCAAGGACUGAUGACAAAAGUGCUGAUAUCAAAACUCAACAAACAGUUGAUAAAUUAUUAGAAAAUAAAUCUAAAGUACCUGAAAAACCAAUUCUAAAAAACGUUAGAACAAUUGAAGAAAAGCCCAAAGAAAAAACUGUUAGUAUCAGCGAUAAAAAAUUAGAUAAGAAUGGAACUUCUAAAUCUAAUAAUACCGUAAACGACAAAACUGUUAACGGUAAAGGCAUACCUAACUCUCUUAUAAAAGAAAACAAAAACAUUGACAAAUCUAGUCAAAAACCAACACAAGACAGUGAAGAAGAUAAAUGUAACAUGGCAACGAAACCUCCGACACCCCUGGAGAAAUCUCCUUCAAAGCUUCCGCCACGAAAGCCUUUACAAAAGGCGCCAUCCAAGGAUGACAUUGCGAUGAAAAAAUGGAGGGAUCCGCUUCAUGAACGAGUGAAAGAAAACAUUGAUAAAACACUUAAUAAUGAAAUACCUAAAGGACACACACUUACCAAAAAUGAAAGUUUACGAAGCUUAUUGAAACCAACACCUCCUCCAAUGCCACCGCCAUUACCACCAAAGCUUCCACCACCACCUGAGUUCAAAAAACCUCAAAUUGACCCAGCAAAAUUGAAGAAAAUAGAACAACUCCGCAGUAGACCAAGAAGACGUCCUGACUGGAGUGAUAUGAUGAAAGAAGUUGAACAGGGCAGAAAACUUAAACAUGUUGAAUGCAAUGAUCGAUCAAACCCAAUAAUUACAAGAUCUGUGGUCGUAAUGAAUAAAGGACAGUUUAUUUUCGAGUCAGAAAAGCCAAACUCACAUAACGAGCUGUUGAAGGAAAUUAACAAAGGAGUUAGAUUAAAGAAAGUUAAAUGUAAUGACCGCAGUAAGCCAAAUCUUGAAGGACUUAGAAAAUUCAGGCGACAAAUGACGAUAGAGGAACAAGUACAAAAGUCUAUGUCACAAGCUAAUUUGGCAGUUUCCCCAUCGGGAACGUCAGUGGCUGAGAUGCCGGGAGCAGAGGAAGAUGAAAUUGACGAGAUGGAUGAUAUUGAUAAAGUAAGAGAUGAUCUUCAAUCAACUAAGCAACUUCUGGCAAUAGAACUAAGAAAUAAAGAAGCUCAGGAACGUGAAAAUAAACGAUUAUUAACUAGGAUACAGAAUCUAGAAGCUGAGCUAGCUAGAGAAAGGGCAUUCAUAAAGCAAGAACAACAUAAAACUGUUAUAUCCGUGACGGAUGCGUACGAUGAACGUCUAGUUAAUAGCUUGAAAUCAGAAGUUGAUAGAGCGAAAGAAACAGCAGAUAACUUACAAAAACAAUACUUAGAAGCUGCUGAAGAAAGAGAUGAUGCGUUAACGGAGCUGGAAGAAAUUAAAAGAAAAAAUUCUGAAUUAGAAAAGAAACUGGAACAAGCGUUAUCGGGUAUAACUCCUAACAGCGUAGGUUCAAGACGAUCAAGCCACGCCAUUAGACAAUUAUCAAUAACAAAAGACGAAAGUUUUGAAGAAGAAGAAGAAUCUGAUGAGGAAGAAGAGGAAACUGAAGAAAAGAAACAAAAGCGCUUAGAGAAAGAAGUUCGCAACAUGAGAAAUAAAAUUCGACAUCUGAAAGAAAAACAGGACAAUAUGAAAAGAGAAAGGAUGGCAUAUAAAAUGUCACUGAAGAAUCAACAGGCUGCUUUGAAGGAGGAGAAAAGAAAAUACAAGGAAUUAAAAAGAGAAGUAGACAAAAUGGCCACUAUGAUGAAAGAGGUAGGGUCAGAAGAUGACGAAGAUGAUGAAGACGAGGAGGAAGAUUCUGAAGAAGAGAAAAAGACAGAGUCAGGAGAAGAGGAAGAAGAAGAAGAAACUGAGACAGAAACUGAACAGGAUACAGAGAGUGAGACCGAAAGUGAAAGUGAACCAGAGGAUGCACCUUUACCAAAGAAGAAAGAAAAUCUCGUAAAACGAUUGAAGAGGCAUGAAACGAGAGUGAACGCUUUGAAGAAAGGCAAUACUUUAUUAAUGGCUAAUGUAGAUAGGCUAAAAGAUGAUGUAUUAGGACAGAAAGAGCAGUCUCUAAGCCUUAAGAAAGAAUUGGAUUCUCUUAUCGAAGAUCUCUGAUAACUUAUUACAACUAAUCAAGAUUUUACAUUGCAUUAAGUGCCUAACAUCCGAGCUUCCAUGUGUUAAAAUGUUGCGUUAAAUAUACAUACUAAUAAAAAUACAUAUUAAAGACUGUUGAAUGCACUAACCUCUACUAUUUACCACUGGACUGGCGGCUGUCAAAAUGCCUUUGUGCCUGUUUGAUAGUCGCCAUUUUGGCGCUAUUGGCCAUAGCGGUACUAAAACUAGUGAUGACGACCUCAGCUAAACAAACAUCGAUGGUGGGAAACUAUUUACAAAAAAAAAUGUGUACUUUAUUUAACGCUUCUCCCGCAGCCAUUUGUAUUAUACGUCUAAAUUAGUUCUCUGGACGCUCGCGAGUGGCGCUUCAAAUAGGCAGAAAAAAUUGCUGUCAAACAUAACGAACAGCCUGUCCAGUGGUAUGUCAGUGGUUGAAUGUCAUAACUGUGGGAUUGACGGCGAUAAUUUUCUACGACUUUCAUCCUCUAAAAUAAUCAAUCCGAUCUUUAUCGCACAAAGUUCAAUUGAACAUUUUUCCAAUUGGAAAUUAACAAGAAAUUCUGGAUAUGUUUAUUUAGAAAUUACUCGUGUCGACAUAUAGAGUAGUUUUAAUUCAUAAACCAAAGUAAUUUUGUCAAGAAAAAGAAGAUUCAACUACUGUUGCUUAUAGUUAAGACAAUUAAUAGCACAAUUAUAAAGAAGAUAUAAUAUGAUAAUUGUAAUUAUUUAUACUCAAUUUUAUAACCUUUUUGUAUAUAAUUAAAAUAUAUUUGUUUUAAUUUUAUUAUUUUAAUGUACGUUGUUCCGGAUUUUUAUAAUAAAUAUUUACAGAAUGCUUUUGAGAUGAAA